UUCUAGGUGAUAAUUGCGGCACGUAACCGGCACUGUGCGCAGGCAUCCGUAAAAAUUCUCGCCACACUUGUGCAAAACCUUCCGGUGCAGUCCGGGAGCAGUCGGAACUCGCCAACCCGGUAGUAGUUAGCGGAUCCCCGUACCAGUCGGAUCGGAUUAGGACGUGAUUGUUGGGCUGCUUCGGUGGAACGCGUCGGUCGCGCAGUACGCUAGAUACCAGUAUGACAUUCUUUCAAGCGCUUGAAAAAUCCUCCGCGGUGGAGUUGUACACCUACCUGACGCUGAUCCUAGUAUGUGUCCUGCUGUACAUCUUCUCGGACUAUCUGAAGAUAUGUGCGCUCGCGUUUCGUUUACCCGGUCCGAAGUCCUAUCCCAUCAUUGGCAACUGCUUGGACAUUGCCCGAAAGGAUCUUAUUACACGUGAGAUGGCUCAGGCGUAUAAAAACUAUGGCCCGUUGGCGCGCGUUUGGAUAUUUGUCUUCCCAAUGUUUGUCGUGUUCGAUCCGAACGAUCUGAAGGUGAUCCUGUCCUCGAAGAAGCACACCAACAAAUCCAUGUUCUACAAGCUGCUGCACAACUUCCUGGGCCGUGGACUGAUCACCAGCAGUGGACACAAAUGGAGCUCGCAUCGGAAACUGAUACAGCCAUCGUUUAACAUUGCAAUACUGGAGAAGUUUAUCGACACGUUCACGGACAGUGCAUCGUUUCUGAUCGACAAGCUGCCGAAGGAGGAAACGGUACUAAACGUUACCGAGUACGUGAACAAUUGUGUGCUGGACAUUCUGAAUGAGGCUGUUCUGGGAGUGCCGGUGAAAUCGGUCGAUAAGAAAGAGAUGGAACAGUCUCCCUUUAGACAAGGCAAAGUGGUUGCACCGUACCGUAUCACCCAUCCGUGGCUGUUGUUUAACUCGAUCUACAAACUUACCGAUGCGGCAACUGCGGAACUCAACCAGAAGAAACAGCUCGAUGACUUCUCCAGGAAGAUGAUUCGUCGUCGACGUGAAAUUCUGAAGACACUUUCUCCGUCCGAUCGACGCUGUCUGCUGGACUUUAUGAUCGAGAUCUCGAACGAAAACCCCGACUUUACGGAGGACGAUAUCAUCGAUGAGGCCUGCACGUUCAUGUUGGCAGGUCAAGAUUCAGUAGGUGCUGCCGUUGCCUUCACACUGUUCCUUCUGGCCCGCCACCAGGACCAGCAGGCCAAGUGUUAUGAGGAAAUCGAACGGCACAUCGGUACGGACUGCUCCAAACCACCGUCGGCCGAGGGAAUCCGCGAGCUGCGCCAUCUGGAAGCGUGCAUCAAGGAAAGCCUUCGACUGUACCCCAGCGUCCCGCUGAUGGCAAGAAAGAUCGGGGAAGAUGUACGAGUGGGCAAGUACAACCUGCCGACCGGGACGGAGAUUAUGAUCCUGCCGUACGCAACGCACCGUCUCGAGCACAUCUAUCCCGACCCGGAGCGGUUCGAUCCGGAGCGCUUCGGUGAUGGGGCACCGCAUCAGAACCCGUACGCCUUCCUACCGUUCAGUGCGGGACCGCGCAACUGCAUCGGCUACAAGUUUGCGUACAUCGAGAUGAAGACGGUCAUUGCGCGAGUGUUGCAGAACUUCCACCUGUCGCCGGCACCGGGCAAGGAGGAGGUGCAGCCCAUCUUCCGCAUGACGUUGCGAGCGCGCGGUGGUCUUUGGGUAAAGAUGACGCCGCGGAAAGUCGUUUCGUAGUCCGUAGCGUGGGAUGGGGUUGACCAGUGUGGGUGUGAGCAGCGCGGGACCAGUGGGAAAUGUGCGAAUGGAAGGAACUAAAAUAAGCGAUAACUUGAUAAGCCGGUCGGGGAAGCAAUAAAUUAUGUUUUCAAUUUUA